AUGAGUUUCCUUGAUUCUGUCCUUUCCUCGCUUGGGGGUAGCGGUUCUCCGGCCCCAUCUCUGACUCAAUGUCCUGCCCCUCCCGUGACGUCGGCAAAGAAGAAUACUCCGCCUGUCAAGCGUGAUGGCCCAGGUUUACCCACGACCUUUUCUGGCACCAAACGUAAGGCUGACGAACAACUUCCGGGCCCAACUCGCCCUACAAACCCUGCUUCGAAGGUCCCGGCCAAGCAGACGCUAUCUAAGCCUGCUGCGACGCCCGGUGCUACGAAGACUCCCGCGAACUCUGCAUCAAAGCGAGACUCGCCUAAGUCAGUCGCCCAAAAUGGCGCCCCCACUGCCACCAGCAGCGCGAAGGCUUCAGCUAUGAAGCCUGCCGCUCCAUCUUCGAAGCCCGCUGCUUCCGCCUCAAAGUCUGGGACUUCUAAGAACGAUGCCCCUCCCGCGAAGCCUCCUGUUAAGGGCUCUUACGCCGAUCUCAUGGCCCAGGCAAAGGCAAAGCAGGAGAAAUGCGCCGAUCUUAGUGGCGGCGUGAAGAACAAGCGUAUCGAGCGUGAGAAGAUCAGCUGGCGUGAGCAUCAGCAACGACUCGCCGAGGCCAAAGCCAAACGGGCUGGCCGGUCUUUCAAGCCCUCAACCCCUUCUAAGCCCGCUCAAGCUAUCCGAAAGUCGUCAUCCCCGGAGAUCUCGACCUACAAGGGCACAGCAAAGCCUGCCUCUAAGGCUCCUGAGUUGCCAGCUUACCGUGGAACGGCCGGCCUUGCUUCUACCCGCAGGCACAAUGACCGUCGUGUAAAUGGCCGCCGUCGUAUGAACGAGUACCUGGGUACCGACGAAGAGGAUGAGGGCGACUACGGAGCUUACGACGACUAUUACUCCGACGCCUCUUCCGACAUGGAGGCUGGAUUUGAUGAUGUCUUGGAAGAGGAUGCUGCCGCUCUGAGGUCCGCCCGCUUGGAAGAUGAGAAGGAACAGCGCCUUGAGGAAGCUGCGAAGAAGGCUAAGCUGGAACGUCAGAAGAAGUUGGCUGCCCUUGCUUCACGCAAGCGCUAG